GCCUAAUAUUAUUUACCUUACAUUUCCCUCUCACGCCGCGUAGCCAAAACCCUAAAUUUUGAUUUCUCUUUUUGGAAAGCGAUGGUGACCGGAGCGACCCAAAACCCGACCCCGCCAACAAAGCUCCGAUGGGGUGAACUAGACGAAGACGACGGCGAGGAUUUGGAUUUCUUGUUGCCGCCAAAGCAAGUAAUCGGACCCGACGAGAACGGGAUCAAGAAAGUGAUAGAGUACAAGUUCAACGAUGAGGGAAACAAGGUCAAAAUUACGACGACGACCCGGGUCCGAAAACUCGCUAAUGCCCGGCUUAGUAAACAGGCGGUGGAGCGAAGGUCUUGGCCCAAGUUUGGGGAUGCUGUAAGGGAAGAUGUUGGUAGCCGACUCACUAUGGUUUCCACUGAAGAAAUCCUCCUUGAACGCCCUAGAGCCCCUGGUAGCAAAGCAGAAGAACAGAAGGCUGCCGGAGAUCCCUUGGCUCAACUAGGAAAAGGAGGUGCUGUCCUUAUGGUGUGUAGGACUUGUGGUAAGAAGGGUGAUCACUGGACAUCUCGGUGCCCAUACAAGGACCUCGCUCUGCCGGCUGAGUCAUUCGUCGAUAAGCCUGCAGUACCUGAAACUGCAACUGCUGCUGCUGGAUCAGGGAAGAAUACUUAUGUUCCUCCAGGUAUGAGAGCUGGAGCUGAUAGAAGCGGAACUGAUAUGAGACGCAGAAACGACGAGAACUCUGUCCGGGUCACUAAUCUUUCGGAGGACACCCGGGAAGCUGACUUGCACGAGCUUUUCCGGCCAUUUGGUGCAGUAAGUCGAGUUUAUGUUGCCAUUGACCAGAAGACUGGCAUGAGUCGGGGUUUUGGUUUCGUUAACUUUGUGAACAAGGAUGAUGCGCAGAGAGCUAUAAACAAACUCAAUGGCUAUGGUUAUGAUAAUCUCAUCCUGAGAGUUGAAUGGGCUACACCAAGAACAAACUAGAUUGUGUGUUUUAGUUUAGGGUUUAUUACUUAAAUAAAAGGUUAGGCCACCUUUUAAAUGCUUAUAUAUGUAUGUGUAGAUAUAUCCAUGGCUGAUGAGAUUUUGUCUUCUAUUUAGUUGACUCUUAAAUAGUAUCUGACUUGUGUGUAUUCUUCUUUGUCAUAUGUAAUAUGAAUAGCAUUUAGUAUUUUGCAUUGAUUUGGGUAUUGCAGUUGGUUUUUCA